GGGGAGCGGGGACAGGGGCCAGCCACCUGGAUGGGACCGGCCGCCGCCAACUCUCGCCCGUGGGACGACGGUAGCCCGCUGGGCAGGUAAAAGAACGCCCUUCCAACUCAGGGAAACUAUGAUUUUGUGUUUUUGAAAUUGAGUCAACAAUGAAGAUGUGAUAUCUGGGAACAAAAGAGCAACUUGGCUGCUGACUUUCUUAUCAGAAUUUCAAGUGAUUGUGUAAGCAGAAACAAGCUGCAAAGCAUCAUUGUGUCACCCAACUAUUGGGAGAAUGCACUAUCCUAAGACUAUUUACUUAACUACUGUUCACAUGUAGAUCAUUUAGUUUUUCUGACCAUGUCUAUCCCUGAAAUAGUAAAUAACAUCCCUAGGUUCUUUGUUGGGACUGAAGAGGGAGAAACAGAUGAGCUAGGAGAUCCCUCUAAGCCUGGAGAUUUUCAGCACUUCUAUGGCCAUGCAGAUGAGGAAGAAGAGGAAGAUGAUUCUCCACCAGAAAGACAGAUUGUAGUUGGAAUAUGUUCUAUGGCAAAAAAAUCCAAAUCAAAACCAAUGAAGGAAAUUCUUGAACGUGUCUCCUUGUUUAAAUACAUCACAGUAGUAAUAUUUGAAGAGGAUGUUAUUUUGAAUGAACCAGUAGACAACUGGCCACUAUGUGAUUGUCUCAUUUCUUUCCAUUCUAAAGGAUUUCCACUGGACAAAGCAGUUGCCUAUGCAAAACUCAGGAACCCAUUUGUGAUCAAUGACUUGAAUAUGCAAUAUCGUAUACAAGACAGGAGAGAAGUUUAUAGUAUUCUUCAAGCUGAAGGUAUUUUACUUCCUCGUUAUGCAAUUUUAAACCGAGAUCCAAAUAAUCCCCAAGAAUGCAAUCUGAUUGAAGGGGAGGAUCAAGUAGAAGUAAAUGGGGAAGUUUUCCAAAAGCCAUUUGUAGAAAAACCCCUCAGUGCUGAGGAUCACAAUGUUUACAUUUAUUAUCCAACAUCUGCUGGAGGUGGAAGCCAAAGGCUCUUUAGGAAGAUUGGAAGCAGAAGUAGUGUGUACUCCCCAGAAAGCUGUGUGAGAAAAACAGGCUCAUACAUUUAUGAGGAGUUCAUGCCUACAGAUGGCACUGAUGUCAAGGUAUACACAGUAGGUCCAGAUUAUGCCCAUGCUGAAGCACGGAAAUCCCCUGCACUUGAUGGCAAAGUAGAACGGGAUAGUGAAGGGAAGGAAGUCAGAUACCCUGUUAUCCUCAAUGCUAGAGAGAAGUUAAUUGCUUGGAAAGUCUGCCUUGCAUUUAAGCAAACGGUUUGUGGCUUUGAUUUGUUACGUGCCAAUGGACAAUCCUAUGUCUGUGAUGUCAAUGGCUUCAGUUUUGUGAAGAAUUCUAUGAAAUAUUAUGAUGACUGUGCAAAAAUACUUGGCAACAUUAUAAUGCGAGAGCUUGCUCCACAAUUUCAGAUACCCUGGUCAAUACCGUUAGAAGCUGAAGAUAUCCCAAUUGUACCAACAACAUCUGGAACUAUGAUGGAACUUAGGUGUGUUAUAGCAGUUAUACGUCAUGGGGAUAGGACACCAAAGCAGAAAAUGAAAAUGGAAGUGAGACACCAAAAAUUUUUUGAUCUUUUUGAAAACUAUAAUGGAUAUAAAACUGGGAAAUUAAAAUUGAAAAAGCCAAAACAAUUACAGGAAGUGUUGGAUAUUGCUCGACAACUUUUAAUAGAACUGGGGCAAAAUAAUGAUUCUGAAAUUGAAGAAAGUAAAGCAAAGCUUGAACAAUUAAAAACUGUAUUGGAGAUGUAUGGUCAUUUUUCUGGAAUAAAUCGUAAGGUCCAGCUGACUUAUCUCCCUCAUGGUUGUCCUAAAACAUCUAGUGAGGAAGAAGACAAUCGAAGAGAAGAGCCAUCUUUACUUUUGGUUCUGAAAUGGGGAGGAGAAUUAACUCCUGCAGGAAGGGUCCAGGCCGAAGAACUUGGAAGAGCUUUCAGGUGUAUGUAUCCUGGAGGACAAGGUGACUAUGCAGGAUUUCCUGGUUGUGGUUUACUUAGAUUACACAGCACCUACCGACAUGACCUCAAAAUAUAUGCUUCUGAUGAAGGUCGAGUCCAAAUGACUGCAGCAGCUUUUGCAAAGGGACUUUUGGCUCUAGAAGGUGAGCUUACCCCCAUUCUUGUCCAAAUGGUAAAAAGUGCAAAUAUGAAUGGACUUUUGGAUAGUGAUAGGGAUUCCCUAAGCAGUUGCCAACAUCGUGUGAAAGCAAGACUUCAUGAAAUACUUCAGAAAGAUAGAGAUUUUACUCCUGAAGACCAUGAAAAGCUUACUCCAUCUGGCAGCCUUUCUGUUAUCAAAUCAAUGCAAUUAAUUAAAAAUCCUGUGAAGACCUGUGACAAAGUUUACUCCUUGAUUCAAAGUUUGACUUCUCAAAUCAGACAAAGAAUGGAAGAUCCCAAGUCAUCAGACAUCCAGCUUUAUCACAGUGAAACGUUGGAACUAAUGCUGCGUCGAUGGUCCAAGUUGGAAAAGGAUUUUAAAACAAAGAAUGGAAAAUACGAUAUCAGUAAAAUCCCUGACAUAUAUGAUUGUAUAAAAUAUGAUGUUCAGCAUAAUGGCUCCUUGAAAUUAGAAAAUACAAUGGAUUUGUACAGGUUUUCAAAGGCAUUAGCAGAUAUUGUUAUCCCUCAGGAAUAUGGCAUAUCUAAAGCUGAAAAACUGGAGAUUGCUAAAGGCUUCUGCACCCCUCUAGUUAAGAAAAUUCGAUCAGACCUUCAGAGAACACAAGAUGAUGACACUGUGAAUAAACUCCAUCCUCUGUAUUCCAGAGGUGUCAUGUCCCCUGAACGUCAUGUCCGUACUAGAUUAUAUUUCACCAGUGAAAGUCAUGUACACUCUUUACUAUCCAUCCUUCGUUAUGGUGCCUUAUGUGAUGAAUCAAAAGAUGAUCAGUGGAAACGUGCUAUGGAUUACCUAAAUGUUGUCAAUGAACUCAAUUAUAUGACUCAGAUUGUUAUCAUGCUCUAUGAAGAUCCAAACAAGGAUCUGUCCUCUGAAGAGCGUUUUCAUGUUGAGUUACACUUUAGUCCAGGAGCCAAAGGCUGUGAAGAAGACAAAAAUUUACCAUCUGGGUAUGGUUAUAGACCUGCUUCAAGAGAGAAUGAAGACAAAAAGAAAUUCUCCAGAAAAUGUGAAUGUGAUGAUGAGACAUACAGAUUUAAAAAGGAUGAGCCUGAUAGAGCUGUAGUAAUUUUCAAACCUAUGGUAUCAGAUCCAAUUCACAUACACAAAAAAUCUCCCCUUCCACGAAGUAGGAAAGCAAGUGAAGUAGACUAUUCAAGUAAAACAUUGAAGACUUUUUCCAGCGCCCACCACCUCCAUGGAAAUCAGAAGUUUGUACUUCCUAAAGACACUCAGAGAAACAGACUAUUCUCUUCAUUUGGUGAAGAGAGCCCCCUGAGUGUGUCUAGCCCAGAGGGUACUGGUACCUGGCUGCAUUACACCAGUGGUGUGGGUACUGGGCGUCGAAGACGCAGAUCAGGGGAACAAAUCACCUCUUCCCCUGUCUCCCCUCAAUCACUGGCAUUCACAUCCAGUAUUUUUGGCUCAUGGCAACAGGUUGUUUCAGAAAAUACUAAUUUUCUGAGAAAACAAAGGAAUGUGGACCAAAAGCAGAGUGCAGUAGGGUCUCACUGUGCGAGCCUGUUUAGCACCUCAGUGCUCGGGGGUUCUUCAAGUGCACCUAACCUACAGGAUUAUGCUCGUACUCAUCGUAAAAAGCUGACUUCUUCUGGCUGCAUAGAUGACGCCACACGUGGUUCUGCUGUUAAAAGGUUUUCUAUCUCAUUUGCUCGACACCCAACCAAUGGCUUUGAAUUAUAUUCCAUGGUACCAUCUAUCUGCCCUCUUGAAACUCUUCACAACGCCUUAUCUUUAAAGCAGGUGGACGACUUUCUUGCUUCCAUUGCACUUCCAUCAAAUGAAAGAAGAAUGACAACUCCUCCUUGUUCUCAGCUUUGUGAUUCAAGUCCACCUCUGAGAAGAAAAAUAUCUUUAAAUACCUACACACCUGCAAAGAUUCUCCCAACACCAUCUUGCACUAUAAAGACUCCUAAAGGAAGCAAAGAAGAAAAUGCUGUUUGGAAUUAUCUGAAUCUUGUAAAACCUAUGCAGUUAUUUUUUUUUUGCUUGUGUAGACAGCAGUGCAUCUAAAAAGACUCCAGAUAACAAAACAGAAGAUGCAAUUGAACAAAAAGAAACAUCUGAGGAGAAGAAAUGAAAAAACUGGAACCAGCUUUCCACCCCCCCAAAAAAAAUUAUUGGGGGGGGAACAGAACACAAUAAACCUUUACUUCUCAAAGCCAUUCAUUUGUUGUACACCAUGUAUCCAUUUAAAUGUUUUCAGAGCUGCUUGUAUGCUUUACAUAUAUUCAGGUAAAAGGGUCUUUUGUUACUGUCUUUAACUAUUUAAGACAGAUGUCCUGAAUGUUUAGUCAGUUGUAAUUUUGUAUAUUAAAAAAGCUACACAAUUUUUUUGAGUGUCUGAUGUUUACUGUAUACCUGUGAUGGAAGAAGAAAGGUGGUGGGGAAAACCCCACUAGUAUAUACCAUAGUGGCUCUGAUAAUGUCACUCUACAGUAUGAUAUUAUUGCCAUUAUGCAGUCUUCUAUUUUCAGAGGAUUGCAAAUUAGUGUUGAAAAUAUUUCUUAGGUUGAAACAGCAGCCUGAGACCAUUGUUUAUAUAAGUGAAUUUCCAGAAAGAUCUCAUUGACCAUUUAAGUUAAUAUCUUUUACAUUAUGGAGGUUGUUGUUAAAGUGAUCACUUAUGUGGCAAUAUUUAGACAUCCGGAGUAUUAUUGAACGGGGAAAUUUUUUUUGUCCAAUUUUUUUUAAUGUGUUAUGUAUAUGUUUAAGUUAAAUUCAAUAUUAUUUGAGGAUUAAAUUUGCAUAGUUGGAAUUAAUAUGCCCUUGUACAAAAAAAUGUAAAAAUUACUUUGUGGAAAAACUUCUUAUCCAUAUAUUUUCUCAUAAGGAGUGCUUUUGUUCAUCAGAAAAUUGCUUGUUUCAUGUAUUGAUAAGAAAGCAUCUCUUUGGGCUUAAUAUUUUCAAGGAUAACUUUACAGAUUUUCCAGUAGGAGAAAUUUUAAAUAAUAUGUACCUACUUUAAAAUGAUAACGAUGAUCCUUUUCAGCUUAAGGAAUUCCAUCCCCAAAUUGAGUGAGUUUGUUAGAAUAAUUGGAUGUUAACUGUUUGGACUUAAAAACCUAACAGAAGUCUUAGGUUUAGUAAUGUUUGUACCACCUCAUUAUUUCUGUGAUUUUUUUUAAAGUCAUCUCAUUAUAAAAUGACAAACUUAAGCAUUUUAAAUGGGUGCUUUUAAAAUUAUCAGAUAUUUAGCAUAAUUAUCUGAGAUCAUUGUGUGUUGUGAUUUCAUCUAUGGCAUGAAGAAUUAAGUCUUCAGGAUUAUCAUCCUCUCAUUCUUUUUACUGCCUCAUUUAUUAUGAGCCACUUAAGACUAUAAACCAAACAAGACAGCCUGAUACCAAGAAACCCACGUAUUGCAAAUUAGAUAACUUCUCUUGGUAGAACAUUAGCUUAAAAUAAACAUUUAAGGACAAGUAAUUUUUAUUGAGUACUCAGUAUGAACAGAAUUUAUUCUGUCUCACAGGGGAAACUGUACUAAUUUUCAAAUGAUCAUAUAUAAAAUGGCAUUUAGAAAAUGAGCAUAAGUGCUGGUUAUAUAAAGGUACCAAAUACAAGGGAUACACAAGCAUAUGACUUCAUGCAUUUCACAUGAAUGUAAAUGUAUAAUGUAAGCAUUGGAAUGUACUUGUUCAAUUUCCUGUGUUUUAAAUGUACUUAUCAUUCCAUUAAAAUCUUCGUUUUUAAAAUAGUUGCUGAGCUUAAUAAAAAUGGCAGUUUCAGUGGCUA